AUGGCAGCUGCUCAGCAGAACAUUUCUCUAGAGGGGAGGCCAGAGGAACCUCUGGCUGUGAAGGAAGAGAGUCUGGAGGAAGAGGAGCCUCUGGCUCAGGAGAUGGCAAGAGGCACAAUGUUGAGUUACGGUGUGGAGAGCAGGAGCUCCUGUCCACCAGGCUGGUCCCAACAUGGUUCCCGAUGCUUCAUCUUCAUCAACAGCCCACGCAGUUGGGCACAGGCAGAACGCUAUUGUCUGCACCUUAGUGCCAACCUUGUCUCCAUCCACAGUGCAGAGGAGCACCAUUUCAUCCAGGAGCUCGUGAGGAGGAGCACCGGUGGAUUCCCCCAAACCUGGAUUGGUGCCACUGAUAUUUUUCAGAAAAGGUUGUGGUUCUGGAUUGAUGGCUCCAAGUUUGACUUCCAGGCGUGGGCUUAUGGACAGCCCGACAACUAUAAAGGCAGAGAAGCAUGUGCUCAGAUUAACUUUGGAGCUGCAAGUCUCUGGAAUGACCUUCCAUGUAACUAUGAACGUCCCUUUGUGUGUGCCAUGAAGCUGUUGAGCUGUUAA